AGGCGCUCAAGGACGAGGGCUUCCCGGUGCCCGUCCCCAUCGACCAGAACCGCCAUGUGGUCGUAAUGAGUUACCUGGACGCCGUGCCGCUGUACAGGAUUCGGUCGCUGAAGCAGCCUCAUGCGGUGCUCGAGCGCCUCAUGAGGCUCUUGGUCAGACUGGCGCGUGCUGGUAUCAUUCACGGUGACUUCAACGAGUUUAACCUGAUGGUCGAUGGCGACGAGAAGGUGACCCUGAUCGACUUCCCGCAAAUCGUACAUUUGGGCCACCAGAACGCGGCGGAGUUCUUCGACCGCGACGCGCAGUGCGUCUGCGAUUUCUUCCGGAAGAGGCUCAACAUAGAGGUGGAAGAGUGGCCGCAGUUCCACGAGGUGAUGGCCGAACACCCCGGCGCUGCGAUGUCUCUCGCGGCGGCCCUGCCCGUAGAGGGCCUGGACGCGGAGGCCGACGCAAUGCUGGUGCGGGCGCACGCCGACGGGGCGGGCCGCCGACAUGACGGCCGAGAAGGUGGCGAAGGCGAGAGCGACAGCGGCGAUGGGGAGGAGGAGGAGGAGGAGGGCGGGGAGAACGAGGAGCGGCUGCGGCCUGGCGACGAGGAGGACGUCGCCUGCGAGGGGGACGCGGUGGCCGCCGUGGACGGGGCGAUCGAGCGGCUGGUGCGGGAAGGCGGUCAGGAGGAUUUUGGUCGCGAGGACGACGUGGAGGUCGCUGGUGACGGCGCCUCGGGCGAUGACCGGCCUGGAGCGCGGGAAGGCGCAGACGAGGAGGAGGAGGCGGCGGCCGCCGCGGGAGAGGGCGGUGAGGGCGGCUCGGACACCAGCGGCGCGGAGGAGGACGACAGGCCCGGGCAGGUCAACAUAUCCUCUGGGAAGAAGCGGCUGCAGCGGCGGCAGGUCACCGCCAAGGAGGCUCGGAAGAACCUGCAGAAACAGCAGAAACAGAAGCCGGCGAGGGCGAACAACCAGAAGAACAAGGAGUUCAGAAGAGCCAAGCACGAGGUCAGAGAGUACCUCGGCUGACCCGCGCGGGUGGCCCGCGGCUUUGGCUCCGAGCAUGUCUCCUGUAGCGUAACUGCGCCUCCGCGACUCGGCUACGGACUCCGAGCGGCGACGCGUCUUCGUCCUUUUUCUUUCUUCCUGAUUCCU